CAGACGGUCAAUCGCUCCCUGCCUUUUACUUAUGGAUCAACCGGCCGCAAUCCUUCAACCACACCACAGCAAGUGCACGCCGAACCCUCAACAUCCUUCUACGAGACUGGUAGCAACGUCGAUAUGGAAGACGCACCCCCGGCAGAUAACUCCUUGGAUUUCGAUCGCUAUUCCGACGACUACUCCUCGAAAAACGCCGCAAACAGCACCGUCCAGAUCACAGGCUCCUAUGGAAUAUACACACCGCUUCUCGGCACCGGCGGAAUGGUACACCGUAUCGACAAAGCAGCAGACACGCUUUGGGGCAAAUCCGAGAUCAACUUGAGGAGCGGCAUCCUUUUAUGGAUAACACCACUGGCCUCGCUAAACAGAAGACGGUCUCGUUUGGCUGGCGUGCUGAAGAUGAGGAUACUAGUGUCCUGAGAUUUGGACGUGGUUGUAAUGGGUCA